GAGAAUCAGUGCACACACAUAAACCCUUUAAUUUGCACUAAUGCAAAAUGAAACAAAGUACACACAUUCAACACUCUAGCCAUAGCUGUGCAUUGUUGGAAUGGAGAAAGAGGAAGAGAGGGAAGAAAUGUCUAUGUUUGAUGAGACAACAAUAAGAGCACAGAGAGCUGCAAGGAGUGGAAACUGGAGAUUGUUCAAGAGAAUAUUGGAGGAAGACACCAAGCGUUUGCUGGAGCCUUUUGACUUGUUUGGAAACACUGCCAUUCACAUUGCAACUCGCUCCAACAAUCCAUGGCUCCUCCAUGAGUUGUUGGAAGUGCUACCUGCAAAGGACAGGUGGCAUGCCCUGAGGAUGGGGAAUUGCGUGAACAACACCCUUCUCCAUGAGACCAUCUUUUGUACUAGGGUGGAGAUGGCUGGCGUUGUGUUCAAGUUUGAGAAGGAGGCGCCGCCGGAGGACGCACCGGAAGAAAAGAAAGGGUUGCCACUUGUGGAGAUCAUAAAUGACUCAGGUGAAACCCCUCUCUUCAGGGCUGCCAAACUAGGCAUGCUUAAGAUGCUCAAGUAUAUGGCCAAACAUGCUCAGGGUGACAUUCCAAGGCUUUUUGUUAGAUUUGACAAACAUUCCAUUCUUCACGCUAGUAUUCUUGGACAAUUUUUUGAUGUUGCUAUUUGGUUGCUGAAUAUGGAUGAAAAACUAGCCCAACACAGGGAUAUGAAUGGAAUGACGUGUCUUCAACUUCUAUCUAAUAUGCCGCUUGUAUUUCGGAGCCAAGCUACUUCCAUGGGAGCCGUGAAGAAUCUUAUAUAUUACUUGCUACCUGAGGAAGGAUAUGAAAUUGAUGAUGAUGAGGAGGAGGAGGAGAAUGGCAGUGCUGAUUUCGGACAGAGGAGCGAUUUAGAAAGUGGUCAACAAGACAAGGCCAAGUUGCCCAGUUCAGUUCUUUCAAGGAUCAACUAUGCUAUUUGGAGAACUCUGGCUAAAGAGUUCAAUGGAAUUGGACGAAUAUGGCAACGCAAGAAGCAGCAUAAGUUAGCAGAACAUCUGGCUGAGCUUUUAGUGCAGAGGGACUUUUCAUGGCAGAUUUCUUUUCAUGAAAACUUUCAACCCUUAAUUGUAUUGCCAGUUCUUUCAUCCAAAUCAGACAGGAUAAAACACAUUCACCACAUGAAGGAGAUGCACAAGACUAUAUCACAUUCUAGAAGUUACAAACUUAUAACCACCGCAACAAGUAUUCCCCAUUCUAAAAACUACACGCCACUUCUCAUGGCAGCUGGCUCAGGAAUCGUCGAAAUCGUUGAGAAAAUCAUUGACAAGUUUCCCGAGGCCAUUUGUCACGUUAGCCAGGAUGAGCACAACGUUCUGCACAUGGCUGUGAAGCACCGUCAGCUCAAAAUCUUUAACAUGUUGAAGAAACAUUCAGCAUUUAAAUCAUUGCUAUUUCGGAUAACUGCGGAAGGUCGUACUCUCUUGCACCAAAUUUCGAGAAUGGAGUUUUAUGUAGAGCAACACCUACCUGGUGUGGCAUUCCAACUACAAGAUGAAUUGCGUUGGUAUGAACGAGUGAGAAACAUUGUUCCCCCUCACUACCUGAUGCACUGUGACAAAGACGGGCUAACAGCUGAGGAUGUUUUGGAAAUGGAACAUCGUGAAAUGCACAAAGAAGCAAAAGGGUGGAUAAAGGAAACGGCUCAGUCAUGCUCCACAGUGGCUGUCCUUGUUGCCACCGUCGUGUUUGCUGCGGCCUACACCAUCCCAGGUGGCACUGAUCAGAAUAAUGGCACACCCGUGUUUCUCGGUUCUCGAAUUUUUCUCUUCUUCACUGCCACUGAUGUUGUGGCACUUGUGAGCUCACUGGCUUCGGUAGUAAUGUUCCUUUCGAUCCUAACAUCUCCGUUUGAGUUGUGGGAUUUCCGUAGCUCUCUGCCGCGAAAACUGAGCUUAGGAUUUGCCUCUCUAUUCUUCUCAUUGGUAUGCACGAUGCUGACAUUCAGUGCAACAGUUUUGCUCACCGUUCGGUUGGAGAAUCAACUGCAGCAAUGGGCUUCCGUUUUGUUUUUCUGUGCUGUGUUCUUUCCUGUGGCAAUAUUUUGGAGGUUGCAAUUCCCACUUUACAAGAUGGUUCAAAGACUUGCUAAGCGGCUAUUCAAGACGCUUAAACAAGCCGUGCCAACUACGUUGAUAAACUAUUUCAGGAAAAGGACUCGGAGAAGAAAGUAUCACAUUAUCAUUGACUAGCCAGCUUCUUUAGUCUUAAUUUAAAUUAAAUAUUAAAUGUCAUCGGUCUCUCUCACUCUCUCUCUCUAUAUAGCCAUUUCUCAAAUACCUGGGUUUCAAUAAACCAAGUGUGGAAGAGGAACAGGAAGAGGGAUAUCAAUAUUCUUUAAUUAUUAAAAGAUAAAAUCAAUAUCUUAGUCGUUAAAAAAUGUUUUCCGGUGUAGUUCCACAAUUUCAUUUCCAUUCCUUGAUCCCAUUUUAUUUCAUUCUUAAUUAAGAAAAGAAAAAUAGCAAAGUAUCUAUAAUAUAUAGAACAUAACAUAAAUAUAGUUUACAAUGGAUCAUUAUAAUUUUGUUUCUUAAUUUUUUGUGAGAUGUGUCACAGGUGCUUAAAGAGAUAAACAUAUUAGAAGUCAUAUGAUGCUGAAAAGGGAGAUUCCAGAAUGGUUUGACUGUGUUAACGAGGGAGGGUAUCCUGUUUUCGAGGCUCGUGGAAAGUUCCCUGCGGUUGUUUAAGCAUUUGUGUUUGGGGAACUGAAUGUCAACGUUAUGGAAUCAUCAAAUCGCUUGCACUUGCUCAUUGAGGGUGAACACAUAAGAGAUUGUGAAUUCUUGGGGAAAGGGAAUCAUGUGUGGUUGU